AUGAACACUCACCAGAAUCGCCAGCAAGGAUCUCUACCUAGAAAAUCUGACCAAAACCCCAAGGAGGCCAAAGCUAUCACCCUUAGGAGUGAUAAGCAGUUACCUCCUACAACCCUCACCAGGGAUGCUGAGAAACUAGGUGAGGAGGUGGUCAUCAACUUAGAUGAUGAUGUGGUAAUUGUUGAUGAGAAGACCAAUGAUGAGAUUUUGGAGAAGAUUAUGGAAGCUAAAGGUAAAAGAAAGGUUGGAGAAGAGAAGAAAACAAUACAAGAUGGUGAAGCUGCUGUUCCAGCAAGUGAGCCUUCUACUGUUCCUCCUCCCUAUGAACCCAAACUUCUAUUCCCUGGUAGAUUCCAGAAGCAGCUGCUAGAGAAGUACAAGGCUCUGUUUGAGAAGCAAAUGAGUGAAGCUCAGGUUGCAAUGCCCAUCAUCGAUGCUUUCAUGUUGAUUCCUCAAUACAACAGGUUCCUGAAAGAUGUUGUAGCUGCAAAGAAAAAGGAGAUGGAAGGCAUGAUGAUUCUUACCCAUGAGUGUUGUGCCAUCAUUCAGAGGCUUGAUGUUCCAUAG